UUUUUGGUGAUGAAAUACCCAACGGCUGCAUAAUCUUAUUCAUAUGCAGAGAAGAUUUGCUCCAUCAAUCGUUGAAGAAUAUGUCUCAACAGCAGCAAAUAGUCCGCUGUAGUUAAAGCCGCCAUGCAGAGAAGAUUUGCUUCAUCAAUGGUUGAACAUGGUGGCAUAGCAUUAGUAUGUACUCAGCACUAAAAAAAACGUAUGGACGUCGCACCGCCUCAGUGUCCUUUUACUCUAACCUUAUGGAUUACUGUCUCGCACAGAAAUCCUUAGUUUUUUUGAAAUUUAUUCAUGCCCAAUUAAUAAAGGACGGAUUCAACAAUCAUACUUUUCUUGGAAAUCGUUGUCUAGAUCUGUACACCCAAUUUGGCUUUGCUAACGAUGCUUUGAAAGUGUUUGAUGAGAUACACAACAAAAAUUCCAUAUCUUGGAACAUUAGCUUGAAGACGCUUUUGAAAUUUGGCCAUUUUAAAAGCGCGUGUAAUCUGUUUGAUGAGAUGCCCGAGCGAGAUGUUGUAAGUUGGAACUCAAUGGUUUCAGGCUGUACUUCUUGUGGAUUUGUUGAUCAUGCGUUUGAACUCUUCUUCAAAAUGCAAGAUGUUGGUAUAAGACCAACUGCAUUCACCUUCACGAUUUUGAUGUCCAUUUCCUCUGUAUAUCAGAUUAAGCAAUUACAUGCUAGCAUGAUUCGAAAUUGUAUGAAUUUCUCCAGUGUGGUGCUCGGGAAUGCAUUAAUUGACAUGUAUGGGAAGUUUGGUCUUUUGGAUUACGCUUUGGGUGUGUUUUUGUCAAUGGAGGAGUUGGAUAUCAUAUCUUGGAAUUCCUUAAUUUCCAGCUGUCAUAAAUCAGGGUAUGAAGAACUGGCAUUGAAUCAAUUCUUUAUGAUGAGAUCAACAGGACAUUCACCUGAUCAGUUUACCAUGUCAACGGUGAUAGCUAUCUGUUCUAACUCGCGAGAUUUGGAUAAGGGCAUGCCAACUUUUGUUCUCUGUAUCAAGAUGGGGUUUCUUUCUAAUACCAUUAUUUCAAGUGCAGCUAUUGAUCUCUUUUCUAAAUGCAACAAAUUGGAGGAUUCCGUCCAUCUAUUUGAAGAAUUAGAUAUAUGGGACUCUAUAGUUUGCAAUUCAAUGAUUUCAAGCUAUGCCCGACAUGGGUGUGUGGAGGAUGCUCUGCAACUCUUCGUGUUGACAUUGAGGGAGGAACUCAAGCCAACUGAAUUCACAUUAAGCAGUGUUUUGAGCUCUGCUUCUGUGAUUCAUCCCUUGGAGCAAGGGUGCCAAAUCCAUUCUUUGGUUCUUAAACAUGGUUUUGAGUCAGAUGCCAUUGUUGCUAAUUCACUAGUGGACAUGUAUGCGAAAUUUGGACUAAUUGACUCCGCAAUGAAAAUAUUUGCUAACAUGGUUGUAAGAGAUUUGAUUUCUUGGAACACUAUGAUUAUGGGACUAGCUUUCAAUGGGAGGAUUAUUGAGGCCUUGGACACUUUUAAAGAACUGCUUGAGGAAGGUCCACCACCUGAUCGAAUAACACUAACUGGGGUUCUUAUGGCUUGCAACUCUGGGCAUCUUGUUGAGGAAGGAAUAAGAAUAUUUUCCCUUAUGGAGAAGGAUUACGGAGUUGAACCCACAGGGGAGCAUUAUGCUUGCAUUAUUGACAUGAUGAGCAGAGCUGAUAAGCUUGAGGAAGCGAUGGAAAUUACAGAAACAAUGGCUCGCAAACCUGAUGCUUCAAUUUGGAGGCCAAUACUUGAUGCAUGUGGAGUACAUGAAGAUUUUAUGCUCACUGAAAGAGUUGCAAAGCGACUGAUGGAGCUGGACACACUGUCAUAUCUGCCUUAUGUGUAUUUGGCUUGGACAUACGAGAUGAGGGGGAAAUGGGAGAGCAUGGUUCGAGUCAAGAAAGCUAUGAAAGAGAGAGGUGUUGCAAAAAUGAUUGGUUGUAGUUGGAUUGGGAUAAGAAACUAUAUAAUUGCUUUUGAGGAAAACCAAAUGAUUCAUCAUGGAGGUGAAUGCAUUUACUUGGUACUAAACUUAGUGAUUUGGGAGACGAAGGAUGAAGGUUCCAUUUAUCAACAUUAUGAUAAAUUGGGUUUAAUGGUUGAGGAAGGGUGAAACACAUACGGGAAUAGUUAAUUAUGUGCUUCUCUACAAUUUUUUUUGGGUGAAGUACCAAUCCAUUAACCUAAGAAAUUAAAUGAAACAAGAAGAGCAUCACAGACCAAGAAUAUAUUUAUGAGUACAAUAUGUGAAUAUACUUAUCGAUUUGGUCUGUUUUAAUUUAACAUGUUGCGACCAGUGGUUAAGGAGUAGCAUGAUUAGAUA